CAGCAGUUGCCAAAAAAAAAAAAAGAAAAAAAGAGAGGAGGUAAGACACCGACGAUGGUUUCGCUCAAACUCCAGGAGAGGCUUGCCUCCAGCAUCCUCAAGUGCGGUCGCGGCAAGGUCUGGAUCGACCCCAAUGAACUCAGCGAGAUCUCGAUGGCCAACUCUCGCCAGAACAUAAGGAAGUUGGUCAAGGAUGGCUUCAUCAUCAGGAAGCCGACCAAGAUCCACUCGCGCUCUCGUGCACGUCGCAUGAAGGAGGCUAAGAGAAAGGGACGUCACUCUGGAUAUGGUAAGCGCAAGGGUACCAGGGAGGCAAGGCUUCCUACCAAGAUCCUUUGGAUAAGGAGGAUGCGUGUGCUCAGGCGGUUGCUUCGCAAGUACCGUGAGUCGAAGAAGCUUGACAAGCACUUGUACCAUGACAUGUAUAUGAAGGUUAAGGGUAAUGUUUUUAAGAAUAAGAGAGUGCUGAUGGAGAGCAUUCACAAGUCAAAGGCUGAGAAGGCCAGAGACAAGAGUCUGUCUGAUCAGUUCGAGGCUAAGCGGGCAAAGAACAAGGCUGGCAGAGAGAGGAAGCAUGCCAGGAGAGAGGAACGCUUGGCUGGGGGACCUCAAGAGAAAGCACCAGCAUCCGCCGCCCCAGCUGCAGCUCAACCACUUUAUUAAAAAUUCCCUGGGCAUUUGAAAAUUAAGAAAAUGCGCUUAGACGUGCUUAGGCGCCCGUCCAAACCCGUCUAGACACCCACUUAGGUCGUGACUCUCAUUUAGACAGAAAAUAAAUAACUUUCAUUUUCCAUUUAUUUUGUUUAGCAAAUUGUAAGAGACUUGUUGAACUUAGAUAACACACAUUAUAUGUUUGUUCUUCAUAUUUUCAUUAUGUUUUAAUACUUUAUAAUUUAUAUGUCAUCUAUUUUGUAAUUUAUGUAUCCAAUGCAAUUAUGUAUUUU